AUGUCAAACAACUCGGAUGAUCCAACAAACAAGAGGACCACCCUCCUCCUCCUCCAAAAAGCCCAAACCCGCCUCUCGGCCGUAAAAGACACCCUCCUCCUCCAAAACCAACCACCCUCGCCCAUCAUCCCCUAUAAAUUUCCCCCCUUCGACGCCCUCCCCCAAAUCCCCUCCCAGCCCCAAGGCAGCCUCUGGACCUUCUUCGGCGCCCAAGACGAACUGGGAACGCUCAACCUGCUCACUCCCCGCCUGAUAGCCCACACAGCCGCCACGGAGAUCAAGACCGGCCGGCACAUCCAACUCGACUGGUGCUUGUCCGAGAACGUCCAAUUCCCGGCUUUCGGCCGUCGAAAAUUCACGCAGAAAGUUAUAGCGGGGGCCGGGAAACAUGUCGGGUUCGAUGAUGAGGUGACUUUUAACACGCAAUCCGGUUCGCAGUGGGAUGGUUUCAAGCAUUUUGGGCAUCAGAAGACGAGGAUGUACUAUAAUGGGCUUUCUCACGACGAAGCGCUGAGGAGUACCAGGAAUGGGAUCCAUCGGUGGUGUGAGAAUGGAGGGAUCGUAGGGAGGGGAGUGCUAGUGGAUUGGUUAAGGUGGUAUGAGAAGACUCGUGGAUCCCCGCCUUCGCCUGUGAGUAGACACGAGAUUCCCGUGGCCGACUUGGAGGAAUGUUUGAAAUGGCAAGGGACGACGAUGAGGCCUGGCGAUAUUCUGUUAGUCCGGAGUGGGUAUACCAGAUGGCAUAAUCUCGCCACUGAAGCGGAGAGGAGAAAGGGAACCCAGGAGCAGGCGCUGUCCAUCGGGCUGGAGAAUAACGAGAGAAGUGUCCGCUGGCUAUAUGAUCACCACUUCGCCGCGGUCGCAGGAGACACGAUGGCUUUUGAAGCUUGGCCGCCGCCUUGGAAGUCCGGAUGGGUGCUUCACGAAUGGUUGCUGGUGCAAUGGGGUACGCCUAUUGGGGAACUCUGGAACUUGGAGGAGUUGAGUGAGAUGUGUGAGAGGGAACAGAGGUGGACAUACUUCCUAACUAGUGCGCCUUUGCACGUCAAGGGCGGAGUAGGAAGCCCUCCCGGAGCGAUCGCCAUAUUCUAA